UUGAGUAGAUUGACCCAUUAAAAUUAGAAUACAAAACAGAGAGUAAAGAAGAUUACAUGAUAAGAGGAGAUGAAAAAGAAAAGAGGGAAGGAGCAGCACAAGAAAAGAUCACCGAACACACGCUUAACAUAAUAGGAAAGAUAGCAGGAGCACCAUAUUCCAACAGAGACGGUGAAUUGAGGAUGGUGGGACCGUCGAGGCCACAGUUCGUUCUUUUCGGAUCAUCCAUAGUUCAGAUCAGUUACAGCAAUGGGGGUUGGGGUGCCAUUCUCUCUGAUAUUUAUUCCCGCAAAGCUGACAUAUUAUUGCGCGGUUACUAUGGUUGGAAUUCCAGACGUGCUAUACAGGUCCUUGAUCAAGUGUUUCCAAAGGAUGCAGCUGUUCAGCCCACAUUGGUGAUUGUUUACUUUGGUGGAAAUGAUUCAAUGGGACCUCAUUCAUCUGGAUUAGGUCCUCAUGUACCUCUACCAGAGUACAUUGAGAACAUGAGAAAAAUUGCAACUCAUCUCAAGAGCCUCUCAGAGAAUAUUCGCAUAAUCUUUCUCAGUUGUCCACCUGUUGACGAGGUCAGAGUUCGUGAAAAUACAAGUUCAUAUUUCAGUGAGUUGGUUCGAACAAAUGAGUUGUGUCGACAGUAUUCUGAGGCCUGUAUAGAGCUGUGCAAAGAGAUGGAUCUUAAGGUUGUUGAUCUUUGGACAGCACUUCAGAAAAGAGAAGAUUGGUUGACUGCUUGCUUUACGGAUGGGAUUCACUUAGCAGAGGAGGGGAGUAAAAUAGUUGUUGAAGAGAUCCUCAAGGUUUUUAAGGAAGCUGAGUGGACACCUAGUUUACACUGGAAAUCCAUGCCAACUGAAUUUCCUGAAGAUUCACCUUAUGAUUUAGUUCUUGCGGAUGGCAAAACCACAAUAAACCCAUCUGAGUGGACUUACCAUCGACAAAUUCAAUGGGAUUAGAUUUCCUAUUGCAUAAUUGAAACAUAAAGGGAUGUAUAUGCAUAAAACUUGGCCAGUGCAGUUCAGAAUGUAUCCUAUAAUUGCAGUUCUACUUUAGUCUCCAGGAGAUAUAAUAUUUUCUGUCAUUUAAAUUAUAAUUCGUUCCUCCAUUUUUCUCCCA